GUUAUGCAGAUUGUACUUAAUAUUAAUGUUUUUAUCUGUAUUAUGUAAGAAAAAUGAUAAAAACUCUUUAGUAAUUUUAAUACUCAAUUGAUGCUAGAGAUGAGAGUUGUUAAAGUUUACUUCACGGUGAUUGCCACGUAAGGCUGAGUGACUAUUAAGUACAUUUGGGCUCUGUGUCACACCACAUUCCACACAUUCUUCUGUAGAUUGAACAAAGCUUCAAAACAAAAGCAACUAGAAGACGUAGCUGCUAAGCUGGUGUUACAGGACAGACAAGUCUUUUUCCUCGGCUUAACUGAUGGAGAACAGAUGCACAGACAUACAGUUUGCCAAUCAAUAUGUUAACACCAAUGCCUCAGCUGACGACGGUGGAUGUGAGGGACCUGAAUGAGUACAGAAAGGGGGAAAGAGAAGGAAAGAGGAGAGGGGAAGAUGAUAGUGAGAUGGAGGAUGGUGUGGUUCAUGAGCAGAAAUGGUGCUGGAAGAAUCUGAGGUGGGGGCACUGUCCCAGAUGGAUUCGGUGUCUGGCUCCAGUAGCAGCAUUGUGGUUGGUGAGUCAGGAAGAGAUACACCUUCUCAAGGUUGGAGGCUGGCUGCUGCUGGCUUGGAUGCUGUGGGCAGGCCUUAUCCUCUGUGUUUCUCUACUCAAGUUCCUUUACCAAUACAGAAGGCAAUAUAAGCAGAAGAAGGUCUCAGAGAAGUGUGAGAUUGUUGGGAAAAGGACUGGCCAACUUCAUCAGGCGUGUCUCAUCAGUCAGCAAGAUGCAGGUCAUCUGCUAUCUAUAGUGAGGGCUCUCCUGGAUGGCUUAGUGGUCACCCUUCUCCAGGAACCAGUCUCAGAUCCAAGGGUUUCCCAGAUACAAGGUCUCCUCACCAAGCUGGAGGUAUUGUCUGAAUCAAUAAUAGUGCCAUUAAACAAUAGUUUCCUUACUGAGGAGCGACUGCUGCAGGCUGAUAAGGACGACAAAGUGAUCAAGACUAGAGUAGAAGACAGAGUGAAACAUAUUUGUACUUACCUGCAAGAGAGGGUGAGUACCCUGCACUUUCUUCUUCAGACCCAGGAUCAGUAUGGGGUAUGCAUAGCUAAUGUUCAGCAGGAGUUGCAGGAAUACUGGGAGCAGCUAGAGGAUCUGCACACCAAAGUGACCCUGCAGCCAGAAAAGUGUCAGGGCCCUGAGGAUCCUCACACUGUCCUCACUGACACUGAGGGCCUAUACACAAAGCUGGGUUUGUUUCAGAGUAGGAUUAAUGAGUGUCAGUUGCACCUGAGCAAAAGUGCACAGCUUCUUGAGGAGCUGGAAAAUAGGCAGCAGGAUUUGGCUCAGACUAUGGGCCGAACGCUGGAGUCUACUUGGACCAAAGACCUCCUGCAGUGUAACACUCACCAGUUUAAAAAAGUCUUCAAGGAUUUCACAUCCCUGGCGCAACAGACCCUGACCUUUGUGAUGCAUCUGCAAGACCUAAGUGUAUCACAAGAGAAGAAUAGCAUUGAAACUUCUGAUGUUGAACAUGUGCAGAGCUCUUUAUCACCUCUCUCAUCACUUCCUGUGUACAGUAUUGCUCUGGCCACAGAAAAUACCCCCUUGGAACCUGCCCCAAGACCCCCCCACACACCCAGCUCCAAAUUCUCAGUGAUAAACUUGCUUUGUGGGGUGAGACGACGGAGAUGAACUUUGUAUCAUUUAACACUUUGUAAAUGAAUGAAAGACAUGAUUGUAAAAUGAAUAUGAAAAUGUAUAAAUACUUAAUUUAUGAAUUAUGUGAGUCCCAGCUGAUCUAUGUGCUGCCCAUGCCUGCUGGUCACUAAUGAUGACACUGCCUCUAAUUAAGGAACAAGAGGUCCAGAUCUCCUCCAUCAAUUGAUCACUAUGUUAAUGGCUCAUCAGUCUGAAUUAAUGCAGCCACUAGAUUUGUAUGAUUGUAAUGUACCUUUUGCUUUGCCAGUUUCAAACAGGAAAAUAUUUUAUAAAUAUUUAACACCAGAUUCUUGUCAA